AAUAUAUAUACGUAUGAACUGACAGGAAAAAAUUGACUAUAAUUUUGCAGGGGAAAGUUCCGUUUAUAUCAACGGACGGUAUUCAUCAGCUACAUAUUUUCAUCUUUGUUUUGGCUGUGUCUCAUGUCCUCUAUUGUAUACUCACUAUGGCUUUGGGGAGACUCAAGAUGAGAAAAUGGAAAGCAUGGGAAAAGGAGUCGAGAACCAUCGAGUACCAAUUUACACACGAUCCCGAGAGAUUCAGGUUCGCUAGAGAAACAUCAUUUGGAAGAAGGCAUAUGAGCUUCUGGGGCAAAACCCCAGUUCUACUUUGGAUUGUUUGCUUCUUCAGGCAAUUUGUUAGGUCUGUUCCAAAAGUUGAUUAUUUGACCCUACGACAUGGAUUUAUCAUGGCUCACUUGGCACCUCAAAGUCACAACAAAUUUGAUUUUCAGAAGUAUAUAAAUAGAUCGUUGGAAGAGGAUUUCAAAGUAGUAGUCGGAAUUAGUCCUCCAAUCUGGUUUUUGGCUGUGGUCUUCUUGCUCUUCAAUACACAUGGCUGGUAUUCCUAUCUGUGGCUACCCUUUAUCCCAUUGAUUACAAUCUUGCUGGUAGGAACCAAACUACAAGUGAUCAUAACAAAAAUGGGCCUGAGAAUUCAAGAGAGAGGUGAAGUUGUUAAAGGCGUGCCUGUGGUUCAACCUGCGGAUGAUCUCUUCUGGUUCAAUCGUCCACGACUCAUUCUCUUUCUCAUUAAUUUCGUCUUAUUUCAAAAUGCAUUUCAAUUGGCAUUCUUCGCCUGGGCUUGGUAUGAAUUCGGAUUCAAGUCUUGUUUCCAUGAAAAUUUGGAGGAUAUCAUCAUCAGAAUUACAAUGGGGGUUCUCAUACAGUUUCUGUGCAGCUACGUAACUCUCCCACUGUAUGCCCUUGUUACUCAGAUGGGAUCAACAAUGAAACCAACCAUAUUCAACGAAAGAGUGGCCACAGCCCUAAAAAACUGGCACCACACAGCAAAAAAACACAUCAAGGAAAGCAGACACUCGGGCAUGGCUACACCAAUGUCAAGCAGGCCCGCCACACCCUCCCGUGGCACGUCCCCUAUCCAUCUCUUGCGGUACUAUAGAGGCGAAACCGACAGUCUCCCAACAUCUCCAAGAAAAUUAAACUUUGACAUGGAUAAUUGGGACAACGACGGUUCGCCAUCGCCCUCUCCUACGCGCUUCCAACAAGGCGAAGGAUCGUCGACUUCCCACCACCAGAUUGAGGUAGGUUAUAUUCAACAUGAGGCUGACCUCCGCCAUGAGCCGAGCUCGUCUAGGGUGGUUCCACUGCCACAGCCACCUGAGGAGCAGCAGGAGAUCAGUAUUGGAAUGCCUAAUAAGGAUUUUUCAUUUGAUAAAAGGACAAGCACUUAAAUUUUGCAAAGAAGACGAGGCAAAUCCUUCUUGUACGUUAUAUCCAACUUGCCAAUUGUAAUUAAAAGAUGAUAGCAAAAGUAGACGAAAUGGAAGUAAAAGAAAUUUUCUUAGGCUUACGCCUAGAGAAAAUCUGAAGGCAAAUUGAGAUAUACACAAGAAAUCGUUUGUUGAUUUGUUUUUUCUUUUUGUUUUUGUUUUUGUUUUUUUUUUUUUGUUACUUUCUUAUAUUGCUGUAAAUGAAGGAUUAACGCUUGUACAUCUUGAUGAUGAGAAUUUUGAGCAUUCAUGAAUAAA